AUGAGCCGCCUGUGCCCGCGCCUGGGCCCGCGCCCGCUGCUCUGGGCAGCGCGGGGCGCGCGGCGCCUCUCGGCCGCGGCCGCCCCGGGCAUGGAGGAGCUGCUGCGCCGCUCGGUGCCGCCGCUGCCGCCCUACGAGACCAAGGAGAAGGCGCCGCCUCCCGCGGAGCUGCGCGGCGCGGAGUUCGUGCAGUUCUACCGCGCGCUGCCGCCCGGGCCGCCCCGCGCAGAGCUCCUCACCCGCCUGGCCCAAGACUUCGGCGUGGAGCACGGGCGGGUGGCCGAGGCUGCCGGGAAGGUGCUGCAGGCCCGAGAGCAGCGCAGGGAGCCCGGGGCGCUGCUGCAGGCCGAGGACCGGCUGCGGUACUACCUGAACCCCCAGUACCGCGGGCUCUUCCAGCACCUGGGCCGCCUGGAGGGCGGGCUGCGCUUCCUCGUGGAGCUCCGGGGCGACCUGGUGGAGGGGCUGGCGAGCAAGGAGGUGGAUGGGCCUCAUGUCAAGGAAAUGAGUGGAGUUCUGAAGAACAUGCUGUCAGAGUGGUUCUGCACAGGAUUCCUGAACUUGGAAAGGGUCACUUGGCAAUCCCCUUGUGAAAUACUCCAGAAAAUUAGUGAUUCUGAAGCUGUGCAUCCUGUCAGGAACUGGGUUGAUAUGAAGCGUCGAGUCGGGGCCUAUAGGAGAUGUUACUUUUUUUCCCACUGUGCAAUCCCAGGGGAACCAUUGAUAGUCCUGCAUGUGGCUCUGACCAGUGACAUCUCCAGCAACAUCCAGGCCAUAGUGAAAGAAGUGCCUCCUCUAGAAACAGAAGAUACAGAGAAAAUCUCAACAGCCAUUUUCUACUCCAUCAGUUUGACUCAGCAGGGACUGCAGGGGGUGGAACUUGGGACCUACCUCAUCAAGAAGGUGGUCAAGGAGCUGCAGAAAGAACUUCCUCAGAUAAAAGUUUUUUCUACUCUCUCACCUAUCCCAGGAUUCACUAAAUGGCUUGUUGGCCUCCUCUCCCCCCAGACAAAAGAACAGGGAAGAAAUGAACUUUUUACAGAGUCCGAGUGGCAAGAAAUCUCUGCGAUCACGGGAGACCCUUCCACUGAGACACUGAAGAAACUCUUAAACAACAACGAGUGGGUGAGAUCAGAUAAAUUAGUUGAGGUGCUGAAUCCCCCACUGAUGAGACUCUGUGCCUGGUACUUGUAUGGAGAGAAACACCGGGGUUAUGCCCUUAAUCCAGUGGCAAACUUCCAUCUCCAGAACGGCUCCGUGCUGUGGCGGAUAAACUGGAUGGGGGACACGAGCCCUCGGGGCAUUGGGGCUUCCUGUGGCAUGAUGGUCAACUACAGGUAUUUCCUGGAGGACACAGCCAGCAACAGUGCAGCUUACCUGGGCACCAAACACAUCAAAGCCUCGGAGCAGGUGCUUGCCUUGGUGUCCCAAUUCCAGCAAAAUAGCAAACUUUAAUUAAAAAUUCUGAAAGCUAAGAAUGAGUGUUCCUCACCUAUAAAGAGCUGUAAGAAUCUGCAGUGCCUGUAUUUAAAUGAGAAUGUGUUGUAAAGCAAAUUUGCCCAGCAUACUACAUAUCUGGAUGGUCAGUUGUCUUGCUUCUGUGACCUGACUGGCUCUGCAAGUUCCAGACAUCUGUUUAUGUGCAGGUGGGUUGGAGGUGUGUAGUAAAGGGUGAGUAAAAUUCUCUUAAUCAGUUACAACUCAGCAGUAAUUAAAUGGACAAUACUUGAGCAAGCCAUUAUUCUGUUGGUAAUAAACCUGUAUAAACUGUCCUGUAAGGAGCUGCACUUUGUCGUAAUGCUGCUGUAGAUUGUUCAGUACACAAGUACCUGAAAAGGACUGAAUGAAGGUAAAUUGUUAUUUGAAAACCUUAAUCUACAAUUUUAUUUCUAUAAUAUCUAUCUUUUUCACCCUUAGAAAAGUCUGAUGUAAAACCUUUUUAGGUAUUUUCUUUUUUUCAAACGCACUAAAAAUCUCACUGAAUCCUUGCUUUGCUGAAGCAUGGAAAAACCUUGCAUUAAUGUUCAAAACCCAGGAUCUCUCAGUGCAGCAGGUAUGUUGUGUUGUAUUUCCAUUUUCUGGCUGCUAAAAUAUGCUGAGCAAUAAGGAAGUGUUCAAACAGGAGAGGAGAACAAGAGAGACUGAUACUUGGGGAUCAACUGAGAAGUUUCUAAAUAUGUAUGUUAUACUUUGGCUCUGAUAAUGUUUUAAGUUAACAAAGAGCUUUUUUAAUGAAGGGGUAGGUGUGACCUGUAAAUCAAUAAAAUAUACUUUCUCAAUAAA